UGUUCGGAGCCUUCGGUGAAGCAGGAGCAGGGCACGGGGAGGAAGAGGAACGCCAAUAAAAAGAACAGAAGUGGGAACAAGAGCAACGCAACGCCUGUGAAACAGUGGAAAGUGGGUGACAGCUGCUACGCUGUUUGGUCUGAGGAUGGUAACGUGUACCAGGCAACCAUUGUCUCCAUCAAUCAGAAGAGAGGCACAUGUAUUGUUGCUUACGUGGGAUAUGGAAACCAGGAGGAGCAGAAACUCUCUAAUCUACUUCCUAUAGCCGGUUUUGAAAGGAACCCAAAUGAAACUUCGUGUUCAACAGAUGAAAGUGAAAUGUCUUCUCGGCCGCCUCGGAACAGAAAGAACUGCACAAAACCAAGAUUCUCACCUCAGAACCUGCAUUUUCCUCCACCCCCGGGAUGCCCAGGCAUGGGAAGGCCUGGACCAAAAUUCAGGACACCUCCACCUUUUUUUGCUGCCUGGCCCCAGUCCAUCCCAGCAGUGCCACUGUUCAUCCCCCCUCCGCCUCCACCGCCCCUGGGCCUGCACUACGCCGAGGACGACGACGCGCUGGGGAGCAUGUUGAUUGCCUGGUACAUGAAUGGCUAUCACACUGGCUACUACCAGGGUUUGAGGCAGAGUCGAAUGGAAGCAGUGCUGGAUAAGUGCAUGCAAACAAACUGA